AUGUCUGCCCCCAGAAAAACCACCAGCGUCAAACUGGUGCUGCUCGGCGAGGCCGCGGUCGGCAAGUCGUCGCUGGUGCUGCGGUUCGUCAGCAACGAGUUCCAGGAAAACAAAGAGCCCACCAUCGGCGCAGCCUUCCUCACACAAAAGUGCAACUUCCCCGACCGCACAAUCAAAUUUGAAAUCUGGGACACGGCCGGACAGGAGCGAUUCGCCUCUCUGGCGCCCAUGUACUAUCGAAACGCCCAGACCGCGCUCGUGGUCUAUGACAUCACCAAGCCUCAGUCAUUCAUCAAGGCCCGACACUGGGUCAGCGAGCUCAAGUCCCAGGCAUCUCCAGGCAUCAUCAUUGCCCUGGUCGGCAACAAGCGAGAUCUGGUGGACGACGACGAGUCUGCCCGAAAGGUGGCGGAGGACGAGGGCAAGCAGCUCGCCGAGGAGGAGGGUCUGCUCUUUUUUGAAACCUCGGCAAAGACCGGCCUCAACGUCAAGGACGUGUUCAUGGCCAUUGCCCAGAAGAUUCCCGAGGAGCAGAAGGCGCCAUCUGGAGGCCUCAGAGGAGCAGAGGAGGACAGCAGGGUCGACCUCAACUCGGCCGUCGCUGGCCCCGAAAGCAGCUGUGCUUGUUAG